AUGUGCAGGGAGUGCGGGGAGGCCUUUGCGCAGCGGGCCCAGCUGGCGCAGCAGCAGCGCGCGCACGCCCUGGACAAGCCCUUCGCGUGCGGCGAGUGCGGCAAGCGCUUCACCAAGCGCUCGUCCCUGCUCGGGCACCAGCGGGCCCCCACGGGCGCCAGGCCCCACCAGUGCCGCGUGUGCGGGAAGGCCUUCCGCAAGAAAUCCGACCCGCUCAACCACCACCGCACACACACGGGCGAGCGGCCUUUCAAGUGCUGCGAGUGCGGCAAGGCGAUCGCGCAGAGCAUGACGCCGGUGGAGCACCAGAAGAUGCACACGGGCGAAAAGGCGUACCCGCGCCCGCAGUGCGGGAAGCGCUUCACCAAGUCGUCCGCGCUCAUCCUGCGCGAGAGGAUCCACACCCGCGCGAGGCCCUUCCGCUGCGCCGACUGCGGCAAGGCCUUCAACCAGAACGUGCAGCUCGUGGUGCACCGGCGAGAGGCCGUUCCGGAGUGCGGCAAGGCCUUCAGCCAGAAGGCGCACCUCUCCAUCCACCUGAGGAUCCGCACCGGCGGGAAGCCCUACCGCUGCGGCGAGUGCGGGCGCAGCUCCCGGAAGAGGUCCUUCCUGUUCCAGCACCAGGCCAUCCACAGCGACGAGAGGCCCUUCCGGUGCGGCGUGUGCGGCAGGGCCUUCGUGCGCAAGUCCACCCUGGUCCGGCACGGCAGGAUCCACACGGGAGAGAAGCCCUAUCGGCGCGCGCAGUGCGGGAAGGCCUUCCGGCACCAGCCCACGCUGACGGCGCACCGCAGAAUUCACACCCGGGAGAAGCCCUACGAGUGCCAGGCGUGCGGCAAGGCCUUCAGGCGCAUCGGGAAUCUCACCUGCCACCAGAAGACCCACCUGGCCGGGGAGGUGGCCCCACGCCGGCCCAGCUCAGGGAGCAGGCCUUCCUCCCAGCUAACCAACCACUGA